AUGGAGAUCGUGUGCCAGGCCACCCCCACCGGGGCCGUCAACCUCGGAACGGCAUUUGGUGAGAUCGGGCCGUUCGAGCUAGACCCGAACACGCGGAUGAGCGUGGAGAAGCUCAUCGACUCCACGGCCGCCCGCAUCCCCGUGUACUAG